AUGUCUGCUUCGUUCUUUUCCCUUCAAGGCCAAACGGCUCUUGUUACUGGAGGCACACGCGGUAUCGGACAAGCUGUGGCCAUUGGCCUGGCAGAGGCUGGCGCCGACAUUAUUCUAGUACAGAGAGACACAACAUCACAAUCGACAAAGGAGUCAGUCGAGAAGCUGGGCCGAAAGGCUUUCAUUUAUACCGCCGAUCUAUCGUCACAAGAAUCCGUUGCUGCUCUUGUGCCCAAGGUCCUCGCCGACGGACAUGAGAUCCGCAUCUUAAUCAACUGUGCUGGCAUUCAGCGACGUCACCCUUGCGAAGUCUUCCCCGACAGCGACUUCAAUGAAGUCAUCCAAGUCAAUCUCAACUCUGUCUUCACUCUAUGCCGUGAUGUCGGCGCCCAUAUGUUAAACCUCGAACCGUCCUCUGUCACUGGUCGUCGCGGCAGUAUCAUUAACUUCGGCUCUCUUCUCACAUUUCAAGGUGGCUUCACGGUCCCCGCCUACGCUGCAUCGAAAGGCGCUGUUGGCCAAAUGACCAAGAGUUUCGCCAACGAGUGGACUGCCAAGGGCAUUACUGUCAACGCAAUUGCUCCCGGAUACAUCGCAACUGAUAUGAAUGAAGCUCUGCUAAACAACCCAGAACGUCUCGCUAGCAUUACUUCACGAAUUCCUGCCGGUAACUGGGGCUCGCCGGAUGAUUUUAAGGGCACUUCUGUGUAUCUUGCAAGUAAAGCCAGUGGAUAUGUGAGCGGACAUGUCUUGGUUGUUGAUGGCGGAUGGAUGGGUCGAUAA